AUGUGUGGUACUGUAAUUCCAAAAACUAGUAGCAAUAGGGAGCCUAUUGAGCUUCAAAUUCUGAAAAUGGAACUUGCCAAAGUGAAAUGUAAUUGCAAUACCUGCGAACCGUCCAAAGAAUCAGUGCCAGUUAGGGAAGAUAGUGACUACAGCGAUGCAGCGAUACAAGUAGAAAAACUGAAUGAUCCACUUGACAGAUUCAUUUAUGGUAAUCCACAUUCCCCAGCAGAGGAUACAUUUGAUGGACAGAAUAGAAAAGAUGCUAUGAAAUAUUAUCGUAGUGAUACUUUCUGUCCAAAUUGUUAUUUCAUUUGGGACCUUUUGAGAAGAUUUACGAAAGUUUUCAAAGAUGAGGAGUGUGAAAUCAGACCGAAUAUGUUCUCCUGUGAUAAGUCGACCGAAAAGGACGUGGAAUUCAACGAUAGCUCAACAUCUGCGACUCCCAAGCCAGUUGUCAGCCUGCCCUCGAAUUUGACUUUGUGCGAUUUCAUCUCAGAAACGUCUAUGAAUACUAAUGGUACGACUUCUCAAGCUAAAUCUAGGGAUAACGACAGGGUCAAAUUUCUAGAUGACAAUGAACACGAUCUUUGUUACCUCAAUAAGGGACCCAAGCCAAUCCCGGCCCCAUUGCAUGGUCAUUGCUUUUGCUUAGAUAAUUUUAUUGAAGCGAUUCGACCACCGUUACCAAUUUGA